AUUUUUUAAAAGCGUCAUGCGUGAGGGUUUAUUAUUUUUCUAUCCUUAACCAAAAACAUGGAGCUGAAAGGAUCUUGUCAUUGUGAGAAAGUCUCCUUUAAAGUACUCUCUCAUACACCUGCACCAUUUAUGCAAUGCUACUGUUCUAUUUGUCGUAAAUGCCAAGGUGGUGGAGGCUAUGCUAUCAACAUUAUGGGCCAGUACAAAACGCUCGAAAUAUUAACAGGAAAGGAAUAUCUAAAAGGAUAUCAAGCAAUGAAAGACAAAAAGAAAAAGGAAUUAGGUGGCAAUAUAAGAUACUUUUGUAGUGAAUGUGGAUCCCACUUGUAUGCCUAUGAUAAGCAAUGGGCAGAAUGGGUCUAUCCGUUUGCUUCUGCUAUUGAUACACCUUUACCUCAAUUGGAUCCUAAAACCCAGGUAUACAAGAUCAUGCUAGACUCAAAGGCGAAUUGGGUAGAUGUACCUGAUCCUAACAAGGAGGCACAUGCUUUUGAAGCGUAUCCUGAUUGCUCUUUAGAGCAAUGGCAUAAAGAUAACGGGCAAUACAUUGAAUAAAAAGAGCUUAUAGUACAUUUGAAUAUCA